UUCACAAAAACGACUUUUUGCAAAUUCAUCAUCAUGUCUGUCACACUACAUACUGACCUCGGUGACCUCAAGCUUGAAGUCUUUUGCGAAAGUGUGCCAAGGACAGCCGAGAACUUUUUGGCCCUCUGCGCUAGUGGAUACUAUGACAACAACCUCUUUCACAGGAAUAUCAAAGGCUUUAUGGUGCAGACAGGAGACCCAACAGGAACGGGGAAAGGCGGCACUUCUAUCUGGGGCAAAAAAUUCCCUGAUGAGCUUCGCGGAGGAUUGAAGCAUACUGGACGUGGUAUUGUUUCGAUGGCUAAUUCUGGACCCGAUACGAAUGGGUCACAAUUCUUUAUCAUCUAUGAUAAACAGCCUCAUCUGGACACUAAAUACACUAUCUUCGCCAAGGUCAUUGAUGGCGCAGACACGACUCUGGACGCCAUUGAAAAAAUACCUGUGGAUGCCAAAAAUCGACCCAUACAACCUAUCCGUAUUCUAUCGACUACCAUCCAUGCCAACCCUAUCGCUGAGAGGGAUCGUUAAAGGAAAGAUGCUUUUGUAUUUUUCUUUAAUACAUCUAAUUGUACUAUAGCUCCUAUUCUUUUCCAUUGUGAUUUCAAGUAAAUCUUUAAAAUCAAGUAAUAAUAAAGUCCUGC